GUAACAUUCCUAAAUUAGAAAUGAUAAGAGACUUCAAUUUGGGACAUACAUAACUUAUCAAUUUUUUGUUUUAUAUCUGUUGCGUUACAAUCGAGUUAUUUCAUAAAGAUGCGUAGCAUUAAUAUAUGUCUAGCUGUGGUGUUCGCUUUAAAUGUUGCAAACUCUGAAGCUAGUGAUCUGACCAUAUCAGCGACAGACUAUGAACACCUGCUUGAUAGGAUCAGUCAGCUUGAGAAAAAGGCUGAAAAACAAGAAAUGCUGAAACAGAGAUGGAUAAACAUGGAGACGAAUUUACGUCGGCAACGCUACUACAGGAAACUUGUGACCUUGGAAUCACGCAUUGCCCAUAUAGAGUUGCAAGGAUCUCGAGAGCAACAAGCAAUGAAGUCUCAAAUUAUCCGUCUAGAGGAGGAAAUGAUUAACCAGCAGUUACUGAUAGAGAAGCAGCAGAACACAAUUGAAACAUUCAGGAAAAUGCUGGAGACGGAGAAUGUUGAAGAUACCGACACAGACAAAGAGGAUACCGAGCUCGAACAUGAAUCAGAAGCUCCAAAACAAAAUGGAGGAAGAAUAAAGAGAGCUAUUAUUCAACAUCCUGUAGCAUUCACUGCAGUACUAGACCAUAAUAUAAACCAUGCUUUGAUUGAUCAGACCGUUAUCUUUAACAAGCUCCUUCUGAACGAUGGCAACGGUUACAGCACUCAUACCGGCGUGUUUACGGCGCCCAGAGAAGGAAUGUACAUGUUCUAUUUCGUGUUUGCUUCCGGAUACGAUCCGCAGUAUGUGUGGAUGCAGAUUGUUGUAGACGGAAGCAGUAAAGCGGCUGGAGUAGCAGACACGUUGCAAAGAGCUCACGACGCGCAAGGCUCAAACCUCGUUAUCCUACACUUACAUCCGGGCGAUUCCGUGUGGGUAGAAACAAUUAAAUAUUCCGAUGUUACAAUUUACGGUAGCAGAGGCUUCACAACGUUUUCUGGUGUAUUGCUUUAUGAAUAUUGAUAUGUGUUUUUGUGAAAAGUAUUUGAUUUACCUUGUUGUGAAAUUCAACGAAAGAUAAUAGAAUAAUUCUGA